CCCGCACGUCGGCCCCCGCCCCGCCCCGCCCCGGCGCGCAUUUCCAUUUUAAACCGCCGCCCGCCCGCCCCUCGACCGCGGCCGGCGCAGCUGCCCGCGCGGCCCGGGCCCCGGGAGUGGCGGAGGCUGCCGAGUCGCCGAACGGAGCAGAAAAGGCCCGGAGAUGCCCCGGAGAUGCGAGCGGGCCCCGCGCCAUAGACAAUGAAGCCGCGGGCGCCGCCGCCCGCCCCAGGCCCUGCGCGUCUCGGCCGCACCUGCCGGCGAGGCCGUAGCCGCGCCUGACCGCCCGCCCGCCCGCCCGCCCGCCACCGCGCCCCGCCGGCCCAUGGCUCAGCGCCCCGGGCCCGGACCCCCGCACUCGGGUCGCGCUGCGCACGGGCCGGCGGGCGCCAGGGGCGCCGUACCCGCAGCCUGAGCGCGGCCGCCUCUGCGCGGGGGGGCGUGGGCCCCGCUCCUGGCCCUCCCGCCGGCCCCCAGCACCUCUCCCGGGGACCCUCCUACCGACCGCCCAUCGCUGCCCGCGAGCGCUCUGGCUGCCGCAGGGCCCCGGCGGGCGGCGCGACGGCCGCGGCCGGGGCACCAUGUACCUGCUGGACAGCAGCGGCGAGCCCGCGUCGCCGCCCGCGGACGCGAUGCCUCGCGGGACGCCCCCCAGGAAGACGGUCUACCGCAUCUCCGUGACCAUGGUCAGGAAGGAGCAGCUGGCCGCGUCCGGCCCCGACCCGCGCCCUGCUCGGCGGCCCCGGCCCCCGCGCUCCCCGGACGCGCCUGGGCGGCUCGUGGAGGAGGCCGAGGAGGCGGCGGGCGCUGAGGACUCCGAGGACCGCGAGCCGCGCGCCUGGGACUUGCGCACUUUCCGGACCCGCAGCACCGGGCAGCUGGAGCUGGGGCGGCUCCGGCCGUGCGCUCGCGGCCCGGACCCGGUGGACCUGGCCGGCGGCGGCCCUCCGGCUGCGGAGGAGGGUCCCAGCAGCCCCGACCUGGAGGGGGCCCGGGCCGCGCCCCUGCGGCGGAGCCUCAGUUUCAGGCACUGGAGCGGCCCGGAGGAGAGCCCGCCCCUGGGCGUCGGGAGGCGCCACGGCAGCUCCGGGAGCCUGACCUGGGAUGCGGGCGACGGGGCCGCCGCGCAGCCGGCGUCGGAGAAGCGCAACACCCUGGACGUGGGCGAGGUGCUCAACAAGGGCGACGCGCGCUCGGACGCGGAGCGCUGGGAGCGCAGCAAGAGCAAGAACCGCACGCUGGACAACAGCGACCUGCAGCGGCUGGAGCGCGCGCGGGCCGCCGCCGCCGCCGGCCCCGGCGCGGCCUCGGAGCGCCGGCUGCUGCGCUUCUUCAGCGGCAUCUUCGCGCGCAGGGACGGCGCCGCGCGCCAGCGGGGUUAUUUCAGCAGCCUGCGGCGGGCCCCCGCCGACGUGCACUCGUCCAGCGCCGAGAGCAUCGGCGGGUCCCCGCGCAGAGAUGCCUUCGUGAACAGCCAGGAGUGGACGCUAAGCCGAUCGGUGCCGGAGCUGAAAGUGGGAAUUGUGGGUAACUUGGCCAGCGGCAAGUCCGCCCUGGUGCACCGGUACCUGACGGGCACGUAUGUGCAGGAGGAGUCCCCCGAAGGUAUGCUGUGUGGCAGGCAGUUGGGUGCCAGCCUCAGAGAGCGUAGGGGCAAAUGUGUCCUUAGCGUGUUCUAAAUUGGUGCCCUGGUGGGUCACGUAUGACGACAGCCAUGAAGCUCACCGAGCAGUAAGGCCCGGGGGAUACUGGUUUCUCUGGAAGAUCCCUAGCGAGCCUGUGGCAUUCGGAGCAGCAGCGUAGAACCAAGACGUUCUGCUGCAUUUACGUCUCCCCUGAUGAUCCUGUCCUUUCAAACUGGCAGUCCCAGAUUACUGCUUUAAGUAUUGGGUGGACAUUUUCUCCGAUGCGGGAAUCGAGUUUACUCGUGGUUCGUACGCAGGGUUCCUCAGCCGUAGGUCAGGGUAAGGCUUCCCGACAGCACCGCCAUUGUUUGAGUACGUGUCCCCCCUCCCCCCCUUAUGCCGUAUUCUAAACAUGUAAUAAUCAUUUUGCAUGCAAAUAAGAUGUUUAUUUUUGCCAUUAGGCAUUUGCCUCUUUAGUUAACACAUCCACAUUUUAUUUUUUGCUCUAAGUAAAAUUUACGCAAAGGACAGGCGGCCACGCUGUGGCUCCCGCGUGCCCUAACCGAGGGGUAGCUCUGGGGAAGGAUGUUUUGCUCUCCGUGUAACUCUUGUAAAUGCGACUCUGAGACGCUGAAUCUCUGGUUCCUUCCUUCUCUCACUGGCUGUUCCCUUCUUUGCAGACUUGGACGCAGGUAACUAUGCCUCCCCUCACGGCAGCGCGUGUCUUGUUCCCAGAGAGAGCAGGGGCACCCCCUGUGCUGUAGCGUCCCCUCCCCCCUCGUUACGUGUGCCAUCCUGUUUCCUUUUCAUUGACCCUUCUUUAUUUAAUUAAUUAAUUUGCUUUUCGGUUCAGUUCGACAUUUCACCCUGUUUUGUCCCUUAGAUGUCUCCGUAGCAGUAGUCGGUCCUGAGCAGCCUGCCACAUCCCCUGUAACACCCGAUCUGUUCUCACCUCUCGUCCUGGAAACCGCGGGGCCGGUCCGGCUCCGCAGGGGGCUCGGGCACGGCUGGGCAGAACGGGGCCGGGGUGGGUGGUCGUGUCCGCAGCCCGCCUGCUUUUCCCGUUUAUUCCCUUUGAAGUGACCACUU